GGGGGCGAGGGUGUCCUCCUUACGGGCAAGCCAGGCACGUCCCAAACUUCCAUUCUUGGGGUGGCAGUGGUGGUUAAGAGAGCCGCCAGAUGGCCGGACCAGCGGAGGCCCCAGGAAGAGCCAGAGCGCCCUGUCUUCCCGACACGCGCCACAAGUGGUUUGGGAGCGGAGGGAGGAGCGCGGCGGCACGGGUCGCGCCGGUCGGGCCGGGCAAAGAAGGCCGGGACGUGCUCCUGGAAGACUCGCCCUCCGGUCCUGGUGUCACUCGUUCCCCAUUCUUUCCUCUUCUCCAACUAGAGUAAUGACGCCCAAACCCGCACCUAUGCGCGCAGGCAAUCCGGUGGGUGGACGCGCGGCCACCAAACCCACAGAACCGUCACCACCCCGGGAGGGCACGGCCGGGAUUAGGAAGAGGGGGAGGGCCCACACCUGGGGAGGCAGGUGCGGAGGCGGCCGGCCGGGGGACCGCGAGUGCGUAGGACUCGGGGUCGGGGUCGGGGUCGGCAAGCCUGGUGCUGUGAACGCGUCAGAGCGCUGACCCGGAGCCUGGCAGGGGGCGUCAGUACCGGCUGGGCAGCCCGGGGCGGCGGCGGCGGCGGCGGCGGCGGGGUGUGCGGCCAGGAGGCCAUUUCCUCGCUGCGCCCCUGGCGGAGCCGGGUUUGCCUGUUCUUGGCCGCCGCCGCCACCGCGGCGCAAGUCGGACAGCCGUAAGGGCUGGAGGGGAAACCAGGUCACCGGUUCGCAGACGCGGCGCGGGGCAGGCGCCCCGGGCCCGGAAUCUGCGAUUUCCUUCUGGUUGGCUGUCCUGCAUGGGUGCCAAGUUCCACACAUGAUUUAAUGAAUAAGAAGGAGAUGUCAGUGAAAAAAGGGAUCCAGAAUGAUUACUAACCUAUGACUCCCAACAGUAUGACAGAAAAUGGCCUUACAGCCUGGGACAAACCGAAGCACUGUCCAGACCGAGAACACGACUGGAAGCUAGUAGGAAUGUCUGAAGCCUGCCUACAUAGGAAGAGCCAUUCAGAGAGGCGCAGCACGUUGAAAAAUGAACAGUCGUCGCCACAUCUCAUCCAGACCACUUGGACUAGCUCAAUAUUCCAUCUGGACCAUGAUGAUGUGAAUGACCAGAGUGUCUCAAGUGCCCAGACCUUCCAAACGGAGGAGAAGAAAUGUAAAGGGUACAUCCCCAGUUACUUAGACAAGGACGAGCUCUGUGUAGUGUGUGGUGACAAAGCCACCGGGUAUCACUACCGCUGUAUCACGUGUGAAGGCUGCAAGGGUUUCUUUAGAAGAACCAUUCAGAAAAAUCUCCAUCCAUCCUAUUCCUGUAAAUAUGAAGGAAAAUGUGUCAUAGACAAAGUCACGCGAAAUCAGUGCCAGGAAUGUCGCUUUAAGAAAUGCAUCUAUGUUGGCAUGGCAACAGAUUUGGUGCUGGAUGACAGCAAGAGGCUGGCCAAAAGGAAGCUGAUAGAGGAGAACCGGGAGAAGAGACGGCGGGAAGAGCUGCAGAAGUCCAUUGGGCACAAGCCAGAGCCCACAGACGAGGAAUGGGAGCUCAUCAAAACUGUCACCGAAGCCCACGUGGCGACCAACGCCCAAGGCAGCCACUGGAAGCAAAAACGGAAAUUCCUGCCAGAAGACAUUGGACAAGCACCAAUAGUCAAUGCCCCAGAAGGUGGAAAGGUUGACUUGGAAGCCUUCAGCCAUUUUACAAAAAUCAUCACACCAGCAAUUACCAGAGUGGUGGAUUUUGCCAAAAAGUUGCCUAUGUUUUGUGAGCUGCCAUGUGAAGACCAGAUCAUCCUCCUCAAAGGCUGCUGCAUGGAGAUCAUGUCCCUUCGUGCUGCUGUGCGCUAUGACCCAGAAAGUGAGACUUUAACCUUGAAUGGGGAAAUGGCAGUGACACGGGGCCAGCUGAAAAAUGGGGGUCUUGGGGUGGUGUCAGACGCCAUCUUUGACCUGGGCAUGUCUCUGUCUUCUUUCAACCUGGAUGACACUGAAGUAGCCCUCCUUCAGGCCGUCCUGCUGAUGUCUUCAGAUCGCCCGGGGCUUGCCUGUGUUGAGAGAAUAGAAAAGUACCAAGAUAGUUUCCUGCUGGCCUUUGAACACUAUAUCAAUUACCGAAAACACCACGUGACACACUUUUGGCCAAAACUCCUGAUGAAGGUAACAGACCUGAGGAUGAUAGGAGCCUGCCAUGCCAGCCGCUUCCUGCACAUGAAGGUGGAAUGCCCCACGGAACUCUUCCCCCCUUUGUUCUUGGAAGUGUUCGAGGAUUAGACUGACUGGAUUCAUUCUCAUAAUUCCUACAGCACUACUGGGUGUCAUUUCAUUCCAUUGCCUAGCUCUUUUUUGUUUCUUUGUGUUGGGAGGGAUUAUUUGGGAGGGAAAAGGGAAGUAGUCCUUGGCAUAGACAUGGAUGAAAUUGCCCCUUGAAUGCGGGUACUUUAAACUAUUGCAUUUCGUUCUCCGGUCCUGUGAUGUGAAUGCUCUGAAAGUUUUAUGGUUGUGGAGGUGGGGUGGGGGACAAUCAUUAACUCACCAGCACCAAGCAUCACCAGCUCCCACCCAUCCCUGGUCCAAGACUUGAGUCAGCAAAAUGGCGCUGCAGGACACUAAAGAAGCCUUAAAACCAAGAUAAUACGACCACCUCCACCCAAUCCUGAUAUUCGCAGGGCUGAAGUUAGCAGAGCACAGACCACCUUUAGUUAGAUGUGGCUUUCAGCCUUUUAGGGAAAAACUCAAACAAAUUUUCAUCUAUUCAAGAGCAUGCUGUUUCCAGCACUCUUUAUGGUCUCCUAGGAGCGUAACUUGGAAUGUACAGGAAUAUUUGUGUCCUAAAAAAAUCAGCUGCCCUUCCAAUAUCAUUUUUAUAACCUUAUGAUUUAAUUCAAGUUAUACAAGGGUGUGACUCAAGGAUGUGCAGGUAUUGACUGGUUGAGGCCAACAAGGAAAAUAAUUUUUUUCAGUGAACCCAGAGAAAUGAGAAAUCUUCACCAAUGUCAGCGACUCCAUGGUUUCCAAAAAUUCACAUAGUAUUACCUCACAGUAGGAAGGCUUCUUUCCCAUUUAGGCUCAGAGAACACUUUUACAGAAAUCAAACCUAUUUACAGGGUGGCACCCCUUUUCUGUGGCAUCUGAUCUGUCAUCUCCCAAGCUCCUGAAGUUCUUUAUCCAGGUUGUAUCUUUGCUGAGCUGACAACAGAUUUCUCUAUGGAUCAAAUAUUCUAAUCAAGGAAAGAUACGGUGAAAUUUCGGUCUUCUGGAGAAAUUCUGAGGUGAGAUUAGUGCAGCUACAUUCUGAGUUGAAGGCAAUGCAGUGUUCUGAGGGCCCCCCUUUGUGUCCUGAUGGCUGAAGGAUGCUUCCUUCUGGUUAGAUCCUCAAGCUCCUUGCCUCAUUGACAAAUGUCUCCUAGUCCCCUUUUCCCCUCUGACUCUGAGGAACUAAAUAGCUUGACUAUCUCUAAACAGAGACUGGCCCUGCCACUGACCCUCCUGUCCCUCUUAUAGCACACCCUGACAGAUACUCAAUAGAAAACACCUGCAGACCACGUGCACACUUACCUUUGCUGCCCAACCUGCCUCCCCAAUGGCCCAUGCUAGAAUAGCUUGUGCCCAGAAAAGAAACGGUGACACUUCAUCUCUUCAGUGUCAGAAAAUGGGCACAGAAUGUACCCAUGCAAUUGAAUGUAUCUCAUUCUCCACUGGCAUAGUAGAUAUAAACUAUUCCUUUGCCUACCUUUUACUGCCUUAUCCUGGAAAUACUGGGGAAAAUAAGCCAUAUCAGUGAGAUUUACCUAAAAACAAAGGAAGGAAAGUCACUGUGAAAACCAAGUAGAUGCAUUUUAUAAGUUUGGUGGAGCAUAACUGGCCCAGAAGUCUGGGUGCCUGAGUUCUAGUUCAUGCUCUAUCAACUGGUAGAUGUGUAAUUCUAGGUCUUGGUUUUCUAACCUGAUGAAUAAGUCAUGAUCUCUAAAACCCUUCCUGCCCUUAAUAUUGUCUGAAUUUCAACGGGAAAAAAAAUCUGGUUCCUUUGAUUUUUUUUAACACUUAAAUUCCUAACUUUAUUAGACAAGAAGUAUGGCCCACUUAACAGUUAAGGAACGUAAAUUUGGUAUUGACUCGAAAUAAUAAUUUGACACAAUACUAGUCAACCAUUUAGAGGCCUUGGAAAAAGAAGAGGAACAGCACUGAAAAUUCCAAGUAUGAUUGGAAAUCAUCUGGGAGCGGGGAAUUAAAUAUUCAAUGCAUGAAAGCAAUUGUACUGGCUUCUGGGAAAAAGGAAACUAGAACAUUGCUAUGGAACUUGUUACCCAGAGAAAGGAAGUGAAAAGAUUUACAAUUAUAAGCACGAAAUUCAUUGGCAGAUUACCUGCUUUAUCUACAGACAGAUUGUUUUGGGAUUUGGUUUUGUCUAGGCAGCCUCUGGCCAGGCUCCUUAAGUGCUUGCUCUGCUAAUAUUUCAGCUUCCUCUCUUGACUCCUUGAGGAACCAGCCGCUCUUUGGAACACAAACACUUAGCCACCUCUGCGCUCCAGGGUAACCCUGAGAAGCUCUGCUGUCUGGGGCAAGCUUUCUUUCCAAAGGGAAUGAGAGGAAGGCAAGCAGGCAGGUCCUGCAGCAUCAGGCCUUCUGGGAAAAGUUUCCUCAUUUUGUUUGACAGGGUCCUCAGUACAUCAGAAACCCAGAUUUGAAUAUAAGUUCAGAGCCUGAUCUCAAGCUAAAUCAGAAUGCUUUGGGGACUAACCAUGAUCAAGAAUUGGCCAAAUAGUAUGGCAUAUUAACAGCCAUCCAGCCAGCCGCAAGUAAAGGAACGUUUGAUCCUUGGCACCUUAAAUGAUUGCCUUCAAUAGGCAAACUGCUGGUCUGGAAAUCUCGUUGAAGGCUGAAUACUUCACGUGGAGUAGGACAAGCCUUAUCCCACUUCAGGUUGAAAGGAAAGGCCAUAGGACUCAAAAGAUAAUGACUCUGAAACUAAACUCCUUCCUUCUCAAGCUGACAGAGGUACUUAGUGCAUCUCAAGACUCCAUCUCAUAAAACUCAUUUGUGAGGGAUUUGCUCUAGAUUUUUCUAAACAUUUUUUCAUCUAUUGUCCAGACUUGCAAAUCCAGUGUGGACCUGAUGGAGACACCCUUCACACCUGCGCUCCCACCCCCUCGGCAGGGAGACGUCUCAGUAGAGGAGAACACACCCAUUAUGCUGGGAUUUGUAUUUAUAAAUCACUUCCCUUUUAGGGAUGAGCGGUGUGGGGCGUGUGUGCGUGUGAGUGUGUGCGCGUGCGUGUGUGACCCUCAAGUGUACUUUGCUCUUCAAUUUAGAUGUGCAGUAUUUCCAGAAACAAUGAAAAAAGUAAGAUGUUUUCUUCUUUAUGAUUCUGCUCAAAACACCACGUGCCGCCUCAGAGCUUUUUCUAGAGCCUCGGUCCUCAAUGACGCGCUUGACCUGUUGAUGCCUCAGCCCUGCGAAGUCCCUCACCUGUGCCCCGGGCGACAGCUCUUCAGUGUGCAGUGUGGGCCUGGGGUGGACUGCCAGGCCUUCGCUCUGUGCCAGCAACACCGUUCUUGUUGCUCCUCCAUGAACAGGGGGUACAAGCCCUGGCCCCUCCUUGACACUAAGCCCCCCACAGACUCAGCCUCAGAGGAACCGCUGAGCACCCUUGAAGCAUGUCAUUGUCGGUGAUACCUUUUUAUUCUAUGGAACUCUAACCUAUUCGUGUCAUAUUGACCUUUUGCUGCAUGAGUCAUAAAUUAUGAAAUCAGUCUUACGGUUUUUGAAAUGUAGCCAGCAUUUGUAAGGCUAAACCUUUUUCAUGAACUGAAUUUAAGUGAAUAACCAAGCCACAGUUCCUCUUCAAAUGGAGAGUGAUGAUCGACAUUUGAAUCUCUUUGCCCUUUCCAACGGCUAUGGCAUCAGGUUCUAAAAUAAGCUCGUAAUUUUUCCUGUUAUUUUAAUAAUAUGGAAAUAUUAGCAUAGUGUUUCUUUUGAUAGUGAUAGACUAUAAUCCAUAUUUAAAUUUUAUAGAGAAGAAAUUUUAUUGUACUGUGAUGUAGAUAUUUAUUAUCCAGGUAAGGAUUUGCCCGGUGUGUAUUUUUUACAAUUGAGACAUUUUACUUUAAUCUUUAAAAAAAAAAUGCAUUAAAAACACACUCAAAAAAAGAAAAAAAAAAAAACCAGACUGGGGGAAAAAAGGUUUGGCCUUAUCACAGAAUUUUUACUGUGCUGUAUAAAUGUUUGCAAAUGCGAAAAGUGUGCAUUUAUAGUGUGUUUCCACAUUAAUUAAUGCCGCCUUCAAGAGCAAUAUUGUGCAGGUAAAACGCUGUUUGUGGCUUUCUGUUGCACAGUUAAAGCUGACCCACCCUAUGCACAAGACAAUCAAAUAUAAAUCUGUCCUCCUUGGGAUGCAGAUAAUACUCAUGUAAAUUAUGGAGCACAAUGUAAGACAAAAGGAGACACUUUACAUAUGUAUUGUUGGUACAGAAGUUGUCAGGGCAUGAAUGAGCUGAUGUGACAUUAUGCCACUUCUUUCUUUUGGUUCUCCCUUAUUAACUUGGCAUUUUUAAUUUGACCAUAUAGCCAAAUUAGUUCUCCACGCUUUCCUCAUAGAAAAUCUUUUUUUUUCCCCGUAAUGUUUUCAUGCCCUGAGAAUCAGAAAAAUACUACAGAAUAGAAAAAGAUUUACAGUCAUUGGAAGAUUUGUGUUUUGCAAACAGUGUUAAGUGAUAUUGCUAGAUGGUGAUAUUUUUUUCAGCCUAAAACUCUGUUGAAAUCUGUGAUCAAAAUGUUUUAAACUAUCCAAAAAAAUUUGUAUAUUUGGGAAAAAUGGAUUUUUACAUAGCUUUUGUAUGCAGAUAUAAAACUGUAAUUAUGAAUAUAGUGGGCGUAGAUAAACUCAUAAGCUUAAAUUCUAAAAAAGAAAAAGCUUA